AUGAAGUUGUCUCUCUUUCCCAUCGCUUUUGCUCUCGUCUCCAGCGUCUACGCGGCGCCGAGCACGCAGCCUUCAGAGCACGGCGAGCUCGAGGCCCGCGGAAGCUGUGGUUCUAACCGGAGAGACUGUGACUGUUCAGCUGAGUUUUCUAAGUGGGCAAACCCACCGGCACUAGGCUCAACGGUUCGCGCCCGCAUCUCAGGGCAAGACUCUGGCCUCACAACCUCUGACUGGCGUGGCGCGAACGGCAACGGCCAGGCGUCUCUUUGCAGAGUAACUGUUGAUCGUGUUUGCGGAAACUGCUAUGCAUGGAAGGCGAGGACGGACAAGUGUGGCUUUUACAGCCUUUCCAACUUCGGUUGUAUUCCGGCUUAA